AUGAGCGAUCAGUUUGUUGACCUGCAAGUACGGAAGCCUCUGUGUUGCGCCGUGGACAGAUGUCUGUUUUUUGGACACCUUAAGAUGAAGAAACCAACGAGCUCUCCGCGUCCAUCCUGUGCAGAUAAGGAGGCCCAAAGUGACAAUGCUAUGACCUGCCCCCCAUCUCCUCCCUGGACAGGAGCCACAACUAGAUGCAUAACUAUGACCCAGCACAGUCACAGCCUCCUCAAGUUCCUGAACGAAGAUCGCAGGCGGAAGAGGUUUUGUGACGUAUCGGUGUCUGUGGGAGGGAAGACAUACUCAGCACAUAAAGCAGUCUUGGCCCAUGGAAGCAGCUACUUUCACGCCGAGUUGUCCAAGAAUCCAGAUGCCACUCAUGUAAAGGUAAAAGCAUCAGAAAGCGUUGUCCAGGAAUACCCGGAAGGACUGGCUCCUGUUAUAAUUCAGACGUCCAACAAGAAGACGCUGCAGUGUCCUAAGUGUGACAAAAUCUUUGACAGAGCAGCCAAGUAUGAGAGCCACACACGGGUACACACUGGGGAAAAGCCGUUCCAGUGUGAGAUUUGCCACCAGCGCUACUCCACCAAGUCCAACCUGACUGUCCACAAGAAAAAACAUGACAACAAUACCUUUUCCUCAAAGAAAAAGCACCAGUGUCCCAUCUGUAACAAGCUCCAUGCCAGCAAAAAGACUCUGGCAAAACACAUGCAAAGAUUUCAUCCAGAUCACAUCCAAGAGGUCAAGAAAAGGACGAGGAAUGACAACUGGAAGUGUGCUAUUUGCCAGAAGACAUUCACGCGCAGACCACAUCUUGAGGAGCACAUGAUUUUACACUCUCAAGAGCUGCCUUUCAAAUGCUCCUUCUGUGACCAAUACUUUAAGUCUAGAUUUGCCAGGUUAAAACACCAUGAAAAAUCACAUUUAGGUCCCUUUCCUUGUGAAAUCUGCGGGCGCCAGUUUAACGACUCGGGCAACAAAAGAAGGCACAUAGAGUGUACGCACGGCGGCAAGAGAAAGUGGACCUGCUUCGUCUGUGGGAAGUCCGUGAGGGAGCGGACGACUUUAAGGGAGCACAUGCGAAUCCACAGCGGGGAGAAACCGCACCUCUGUAGCAUCUGUGGCCAGAGCUUCCGUCAUGGGAGUUCCUACAGACUUCACCUGAGAGUUCACCACAACGACAAGCGUUAUGAGUGCAUUCAGUGUGGAAAAACGUUCAUCCGCCACGACCACCUGAGCAAACACCAGAAGAUCCACUCUGGCGAGAAAGCACAUCAGUGUGAGGAGUGUGGAAAGUGCUUCAGGCGACACGAUCAUUUGACGGUCCACUAUAAAACUGUGCACUUGGGACAGAAGGUUUGGCAGAAAUAUAAAACAGCUGUGCAUCAAUGUGAAGUCUGCAAAAAGGAAUUCAAAGGAAAGUCCAGCUUAGAAAGCCAUUUUAGAACUCAUUCAGGGGAGAAGCCGCACAAAUGUCCCGAGUGCCACCAGUCGUUCCGGAUCAAGAAAACACUGACGAAGCACAUGGUCAUCCACUCAGAAGAACGGCCACACCCCUGUCCUCACUGCAGCGCCGCGUUCAAACGCAAAGACAAACUGAAAUACCACGUGGACCACGUCCAUAACAGCCGCUACACAGUGCAGCCGGGUGCCACGCUCCGCCAAGACAAAGUGACUCUGAAUUCUUAUGAUGAAACCAAAUCCACUGUUGGAAGCAGCCCGUCCCCUGCUGACGGGACUUUAGGCUCGGUCUCGAUGGCAGACGUGAGGCGAGGGGAACAGCAAAGCUACUCCACAACAGACCUGGUGUUCUUAGAGAAGUAUACCCUGAACCCCCAGCCCGCUAAUGUGGCCCACCCGGUGAGACCCGAUCAGAUGUUAGAUCCCCAAGAGCAGUCGUACCUGGGGACGCUGCUCGGCCUGGACUCCUCUGUACCAAGUAUCGCCAACACCAAAGACGACUGA